GUAACACUUUGCUGUGUGCCAAUCAUCAGUCGCAGCGGACAAUUUGAAUGUGAAGCAACAGAGAAAAACGGAAGCAUAACUGAAACACGCUACUUCUUUAUCUUAUUUACCUUCUAAACGAAUUUGGAUAUUAUUCAUGACAACAUAAAACAGAUAUGGCGAGGGAAAGGGGGCAGAAGAAAUCCUUCAAGCAAAGUCUGGACGACAUUAAAGAGAAGAUGAGGGAUAAGAGGACCAAACGGCUGGCUGGUGCCUCAGCCCCAAGAGGAAAGAGGAUUAACAAGACAAAUGUGUGUAACUCGAGCGGCAGCAUCCUUCAGGGGGUGCAGCAGAACAACACAGCGCUGGCGCUGGCCCUGCAGGCGGAAAAGGAGAAGCUGAGGCAGGCCUACGGGGUGGUCUUGCAGCUGAAGAGGGAGCAGCAGGCGCUGUUCCUCCACCUCUUGCUGCUCAAGAGGAGGCUCCGGGACCAGGAACUCACGGACCAGGACGCCACGGCAAGGAAGUGUGACUCCACUUCUAUUGAAGCUGCCUCCCACAAUCCUUUGGAAUUGUCAAGGCAAACACAGAUUACCUCUCACAAAUCCCCUGUAUCAGAAGAAAAGCCAGCUGUAAUUCAAGGACCCCCGGCACCUGAAGAGGCCGGGGAGAGUGCCUUCGUCUUCACCCUGCCCUCCACUGUGGGCGUGAGGCGCCGGAGAGCGGAGAGCUGCACCCGGAGACGCUCCCAGCAGACCCAGCAGCGGCGCUCGUUCAGCAAACCUGGGGGCUCUGUGGACACAGUGGCGGAGGGUAUGCUGGUGGCGGGGGGGCUGUUGACGGCGAGCCCCAUACACAGUGACUGUAGCGCACAGAACCCAAGAGCAUCACCUCCAGGAGGAGCGACAGCAGGGCCCGCCGACCCUAUCGGCUCCGAUCGGAUCCAGCACUCCACCCCCGGGCCGUUCCCUGCUAAAUCCACACACCAGCCGCAGCCUCGCAAGAAACACCCCCAGCAGCAACAGCCACAGCGGGUCAAACAAGAACCCGCCGCGCGGAACACCGAGAGAUCUCGCAAGGGGGAGCGGGCCCCUUUGAAGAAACCCUGGGAGAACACCAAGGUCAGCAGAACCCGCUCCAAGAGUCGGGACCGCUCAGCCAGGCCCCCGGCCGCACAGGGGCCGCCGGCCGACAAUCUCAACACCUCACUGGGCUUUAACGACACGUUCGACUUCGACUGCGAGGAGGCGGUCCACCUCACCCCGUUCAAGGCCAAGGCCGAGGCGGCACAGGCCGAGACGGCCGUCCACAGAGACGGGGAAGGAGAGAGCCCGCUGACGACGCCACACGCAGGUACCCCAGGGGAAUCCCCCACGGGGGAGCCCCCCCUGUCCUCGCCUGAGUCGGAGGGGGAGCUGUACGUCCCUCGGAGGGGCCGGAGGAAACGCAGCUCCCCAGAGAAGAGCAGGACGCUGCCUGGGCGCAGGGGGAGAAGGGUCACCAGGGUGGUCCUCCACCCACAACAGGAAGUGUCCGUCUUUAGAGACAAGGAAACAGAAAAUACGGCUAUGGUGCAAGAGAGUAAGGCGCCUCCUUGCCCUGAAUCCCCUGAUUGGAUGUCCUCCAGAAGCCCCGCCCCAAAAACGGCCAACCAGGAAAGCCCAUCAGAGCUCCAGCAGGUGGGCGUGCUGGUGGUGACGCCAGGCCUGAAGGCUGAGAUGAUGAGGAUAGACAGCGUCCUGUCCAUCUCCAUGGACCCUUCUUCUUCGGACCCCACGACCCCCGCCUUACCCAGCAAACGCCCCCGGAAGACCACCAACAUAUGCAAGAAACGUGGGUUUGGUGUGAAGUCAGUGGGGCGGGGCUUGAGUCUGUGUGAUGUGACCAACAUGUCCCCCACAGCCUAUUUGAAGGUCCCAGGAGCGGGGUCCCGCCCCUCCGACGGCUCCACACCCAGCCUCAAGAGACGCUGCACCUUGACGGUGGACUACAAGGAGCCGUCACUCGGCGCGAAACUGAGACGCGGUGACAAGCACACAGACCUGCAGUUCCUGCGGUCCCCGAUCUUCAAGCCGAGCCCAGGGGCCCGGCGGUCUGUGAAGGGGGCGUCCAGGAAGAGCCAGCAGCCGCUGCUCAAGUACAACGAGUCCUUUGUGGGAUGCCGCUGAUGCUUCCGGAUCUGCGCUUGUUGAUUUUAUGAGCAAUGUUUUUAUGUGAUUUGGAGCAGGCGGGAUUAUUGUGAUUAGAAACUGAAACUACUUUUCCAACCAAAAACGUAGUGAAUUGUACUUUUUUAGGUCAUUUCUUUUGUAAAUGGUUUCUGUGACCUUGAACUUCAUGUGGGCCUUAACUAAUGGGAGCGUCAGAAUCCCUAACUUGAGCCUUUUAUCGUCGAUGUCUUCAUUUCAUUUAACAUUUGUUUUUUGAUUUUUAAUGAUAAUAAACAUUGAGAUUAUAUAUACA